AUGGACGAGUACGUUGCAGAACUUAUUCAAGAAAUCAAACACUUGGACUUAGAGAAUGAAGACAUCAACAAAGUUGCCGAGGCUUUCGCCCAUGUCGACAAAAAAAAAGAACGAUCUGUCGAUAUCGACUCUUUGGGCGAAUUGUUAGAUGAAGUCGGAAAACCACUUCCUGGAUUCAAGAUCCGGCAAAUGCUUCCUACCCUUACCUUGAAGACAUCUGGCCGCGUCAACGUUUUAGAGUUCGGCUCUAUUUACCAUGACCAGGUGAAAAAGGAUAUUGCCAGCAGCUUCAGAAAAACCAUCGACGCGGCGGAAGGAGUUGUUUCGAAAACUGGCGCUUCUUCUUGGUCAACGCAUACUUAUUCUUUGGAAGAACGGGAAGCCUUCGCUGACUGGAUAAAUACGAGACUCAAGGACGAUCCUGACUGCAAGAAUCUCUUGCCCAUUACUGUUGACGAUGAGAGUUUGUUCGAGAAAGUUUCUGAUGGUAUUUUGCUCUGCAAACUUAUCAAUCUUUCACAGCCGGAAACGAUUGAUGAGAGAGCAAUCAAUAAGACAAAACUCAGUGUUUACCGAAAACAAGAAAAUCUCAACCUUGCCAUCAACUCCGCCUCUGCCAUUGGCUGCACCGUUGUCAAUAUUGGAGCUCAAGAUCUUCUCGAAUCCCGACAGCAUUUGAUCCUCGGUCUUUUAUGGCAAAUCAUCAGAAUGGGUCUUUUUGCCAACAUCGAUCUUGCUCUCAAUCCGAAUCUGAAGGCCUUAUUGAUGGAUGGAGAGGAGCUGGCGGACUUGGACAAACUCGGACCGGAAAAGCUGCUCCUGCGAUGGAUGAACUAUCACUUGGCGCGCGCUGGCUACUCUAAAACCGUUUCCAACUUCGGAAAGGACAUCUCUGACUCUCACGCUUAUCUCAACUUGCUCGCGCAGAUUCAGCCUGGUGACUUGAGCCCUCCUCUAUCUGCCUUCUGUGUGGCCGGUGACGAUCUUGCUCGAGCUGAAAUGAUGUUGAAAAAUGCUGACAGAUUGGGAUGCCGCGCAUUUGUCACUGCGCGCGAUGUUGCGAAUGGACAUGAAAAGCUGAACAUGGCAUUCGUCGCGAACUUGUUCAAUAAUCAUCCAUCUCUCGAGCCGCCAGAGGAGGAUGAGAAUGAUGAGGUCAUCGAGGAAACCUGCGACGAGCGCACUUAUAGAAAUUGGAUGAACUCGUUGGGAGUCCAGCCCAGAGUCAACAGAUUAUAUGGUGAUCUGAUUGACGGAAACGUCCUCCUUCAACUCGAAGACAUCGUCAGACCCGGAAUCGUCAACUGGGAACGAGUAAAUCGCGCCCCCUUCCCGAGAAUAGGCGCAAUGAUGAAGCGAAUUGAAAACUGUAACUACGCAGUGGACAUUGGGAAAGAACUUAAGUACUCACUCGUCGGAAUCGCCGGAAACGAUAUCUACGACCAAAACCGAACUCUUACUUUGGCACUCGUCUGGCAAAUUAUGAGAGGGUACACGACAAAAGUGCUAACAGAUCUCGGUGGAAACACGCAAAUCCGCGAUGCGGAAAUCGUCGAUUGGGUGAAUCAAACCCUCGCUUCUGGUGGCAAAACGUCGAAGAUUUCCAGUUUUAAGGACCCCUCGAUCGCCAGUUCCCAGGCAAUUCUAGACGUCAUCGAUGUCCUCGUGCCUCAAUCCAUCGACUACAGCGUUGUGCUCUCAGACCCGUCAGAUUACGAGGAUAAACUCCAAAACGCCAAGUACGCCCUUGCAAUGGGAAGGAAAAUCGGCGCUAGAAUUUACGCAACGCCCGAGCACGUGGUCAAUGUCGACAUGAAAAUGGUCCUGACGAUUUUCGCCUGUCUCAUGGGCCGCGGAAUGGAGCGAACAUGA